AUGCCUCGACCUCGCCUGGCCCUGUGGUGCCUAGCUCUCUUCUGCACGCUGGGCGCAGCUGUCCGGUCCGAAAGGGACGACGAUGCACCUGUUCUGGAAGCAGCUUCUCACGGAACUGGCGGGGGUGCUUGCGACGUGCUGUGUCGCAGAGCUCUUCCUGAGCAAACCAUGCGCAUCAAUCAGGCGAGGUUUUUCCUCCUGGCUGAAGAUGCUCGGAAAGUGGCACGGAGACUUCAGGAGGGAACGACAGUCAGUGUGCACUCGAGCGCCAGCUGCUCGGAUGAUGAGUUCAUUGUGGAUGCAGAGGCCGUUCCUUGGGUGGAUCGCGACGAGCCGAUGGAGCGCUCCAGUCUCGACAUUUUCAUAGACCCAGCCCGCUCGCUAGCCUGGCUCAGCCGUCAGAAGUCCGGCUACGUCUGCACGGGGGAUCUUGCCAAAGACGCAGCUCACUCACGCAAAUCUUGCCUUUGUGAACUGGAGCUCUCCCCGCAGACCCGCAGUUGGCUCCUCCUCUACAUCACACGGCCUUUGCAUCGUUUCACGAGUGUGGCAGAGGUGCUGGUUGCGCUGGACAGAAGGUGCCCAGCUACAUGGAUUCCUGACGUGCUGGCACUGGUCCUUGUGACCUUGGUGCUGAGCUGGCUGGUGGUCGUCGUCGAGUCCUGUUGGGCAGCCUGGCGAGAGCCUCGUGAGGAGUCCUGUGAGCAGUCCGACCAGGACAAGGAUGUUGCAGUCGUGGUCUCUGCAUCUAUUUCAACGCUGAAAUCUGGGGUCACCUCCGCCCUCGGGUUUGUAGCUGCGAUCAUCAGCAUCCAGACGCUGGCGGUUGCGAAGGUGGUGACAUCCAACACACCUGAGGAACUUGUGUGGCUUCUGAUUGGCCUUGCCUUCGCCCUCAGCGUGUUUGGAGUUUACCGGAUUUUCCAGGUCCUUUGCAAAGUGCAGCUGCUGCAAGCUUCCUUGGCCAGAAGGGUUUGGAUUCAGCAGCCGCCUAUGUCCUCAUGGUAUGAUGCGGCUCUCCUAGUUGGUGUGGCUCUGUACACAAGCCUGGUGGUGUGUCUAAUUAUGUCCAGCACGAUAUCCAUUGCGCAGGCCGUUGCUGCAGGUAUGCUGGUGAUCUCCGCGAUGAUGUCUCCCAUCAUGAGCUUGUUGAAGGUCAUGCAAAGUACAGUGCAGAUGGAGGUGGAAUCCACGCAGCUGAAGAUGGAGCCCCGUGACCUUGCAGAGAAGCGGACGACUGCCAAGCAGAAUGAAGGUUCCGUUACAGUGGAAGGAUGGACUUUCAGCACAUGGUCGAACUUGGUCCGAGCUGGUCGCCAAGGCCAGGUCCUGGGGGGGCCCUUCUCCGACACGGAGGAGCUGGGAAGGAGUGAGGGGGAGCUGAGCUUCCUUGGAGAUCUCACUUGGCAGCGUGCGGCUGUGAGGCGCCUGGCUGGAUCCUACGCAGGUUUUCUGGUUCUCCCCAGCUUCGUUGCCGCGAUGGCCUUGGCUGUCGGAGCGACAGGCGUUCACAUGUCAAUGUAUUCGUGCUCUUUGGGGGAGCUUGCCGGCUUACAGCUUGCUGGCAUGCGCCACGCCCUGGUCUUCAUGCCGUCGCAGGACCGCUACACUCUGGCUUUGGACGCUUCUUUCAAGCAGGUCGUUCUCCAAGCGAACGGGACUGAAUACCUUGCCCGCGACAUUCGGAUCCGUCCUGGCCAAGAGGGAGGGUCCAGCCUCUCCGCAAGUGCACUUGUGGAGCUGCACAACAUGACAAUUCCACGCAUCACAGAGGUUGAAGUCUUCGGUCUCCGGCCAAGUCUUCCGAGCACUAUUUACUCAGUGCGCUUCGCACCGAAACAGAUGUUGCCUCAGAAGUUGCUGAUUGCCGAUGCACAAGGCUCCAUACUACAUUGCUUCGCUUUCAGUGCACUUCCGGGGAGCCAGCUUUCCAUCCCGAUGGAUGUUGGCAAGCUGAGGGUAGCGUUUCUUUUCACAGACUACACGGUUGGGAUUCCUCUGGAACAUGGACAGGGGGCUCGGACUGGCUUUGAGUUAACCUGGACAGAGUUUGCUCCAGCAACGAACUCUUCUUGCAAGAGCCGGUGUCUCGGCUCCCCCCAUUGCUUGCAUGCAUUUCGGGGCCACGUUGGCUGCUUCUUCGCCCAUCAUGACUACGAGCUCCAUGAGCAAAGCUGCGAGAUUCCAGAUCACGAUCGGUUGCAGUCGCAUGGUCCCUUCGCAGCUUCGCUGCAUGGCUGCACAUCUUCCGAGGAUGGUUCCGCAUGUGGGCCGCCAGUGUCAGUGCAACGGCACUUGGCUCAGUUCGGCUUGGUUGAGCCGGGCUGGCGUGGAGAGGUCAUGGCAAACCUCGAGUUCAGGUUGGUUAUGCAGGCCUCGUGGCAGGAUUUACCCAUUGUGCGCCAAGACAUAGCCCUGCGACGCGGCCGGCCGCAGGCAAUCGAUGUCUUGGUGAGCCUCACUGCGAUCACUCGCAAGAAUGAUCGUGUAGAGAUUCCUGCCUUUGGUAGGGUUGGGGAGACGGGCGAUAUUUCCCUCCAGAUUUCUGAGUACAACGUGACAAACAUGUCCUCGCUGGAGUUGGUCAUCGUCCCCAUCCUUCCAGAUAGAAACUUCCAGGUGAGGUUUCUGCAGCAGGAGGCCGAAGCUGUCAACCAUGCACCAGAGCUGCUACCACACUUCAGGCAAUGCCAAGAGAGUGAGAUCCUGCUCCAACGCUAUCAGGCCUGUCGAAAGGAUGGAGGAACUGGCGAUUGGAACGCGACUUUCCUGAGACGGAGAAUUUCGCCAGUCUUUGGGGAUGCAGAUAUCACCUUCGUAGUGGAGUUGAAGUCAGAGACCGUGUCUGCACAGAGCAAUGAUCGCAACUGGGGCUCCAUGGAGAACCACAAGGUGAAGGCGGAGUUCUCUGGUGUUGACUCUCCACUUGCUUGGGCCGCAGAGCAUCUCGGGUGCGACCUUUUCUCUCACAAGCUGCAACACGAGCUGGGCGUAAUGGUGUUUACCUCUACUGAUGCCACUUGCAUUGCCUUGCAAGCCUGCCGACAGUCGCAGAAAAAGUGCCCUGGCCUUCCUUCAGACUCGUGGCACCUGCAGCAGAUUCUGUCGGCCAGCCCAAAUGCAUUGAAACUCAUGGCAUGCCUGCAGAAGUGGUGUGAUGUCAGCCUGGCUAUACCUGCUUGGGACUACAAUGCGGGGAAGCUCACUCCCGACAUCUACUCCGACUACUUCCAGAACCUGAAACACUUCAGCCUUAGUGAGUGGUUUGCUGAGGCAGUUCGCCUGGAAGCUCAGGAUCUCCCAGGGCUUCGACAGAUCCGUCAGAUCGCGCAGCAAGUUUUCAAUGCCACGGAUCCUCCUGACAUUGAGUGGCUGCAACUUGCGCUGUCAACGGGAAAUCUCGAGCUGGUCCGCGCCGUGGUCCAGUCGCUGCAGCCAGAGUACUUGGAAUCCGACCGCCCAGAUAAAAACAAACCGCUGCUGGCCAGAGCAGUAUGGGAGGCAACCUCUCAGCACGAGGACGAUCCUUCCUGGUGCGUUGCUUGGCUGACCGGCUUGGGGGAGUUCGGGCGCAAUCUGACUGACGGCGAAGCCAGAUGGAUCGAGACGCUGGCAAAAGUAGGGAUUGAGGAGCGGUACACCACCAAUCCUCAGGUCAUGGGCGACUUCCUCUCAAACUUUGAUGAUGCGCUGUCUGCAGUUUCUUCCCUGUCGCUCGACCUGCACAGCACAGCGGCUUUGGGCGAUGCGGCGCAAGCAGUUGCUCACAUGCCCGGCUUGAAAGCAUUGUACCUGACCAGCUACAACACAAGAUUCGCAAGGCACUUCCAGUGGCAUUCCGGCUUCAACCAGGCCUUCGUACAUCUCAAGGAGCUUUACUUUCGUGGCUGGGCCUUGGGACCUGCAGAACUCAAAGCCAUGGCGGGAGUCCUGACGCAGGACUUGGACAAGGUGGACAUGUAUGGGCCAGGGCCAACAGAGCCUCCCUUCCGCGCCGAGCACUUCAGGCUGCUCAUGCCUGUUUGUGUCCAUCGACUGCACAUAGCAGGAGUGCUCCAAACCGCGAGUGAUGCUCGGACCGUGGCCGCAGACAUCCGCAACGCUUCGAUGCCGUGCCUGCAGUGGUUCUGCAGCAAGUGCCGGGCCGGCCCCGAGGCUUGCCGUGCUGUGGAAGACGCAGUGGCCGCCAAGAAUGCCACGUACGAAGACGGAGACGUGAAUCAUUGCAUAAAUGCAUGA